CAAAGUAUGACCAGGUGUUUGACAGUCUGAAACCUGUUCAGAACAUGUUGGCUGGGGACAAGGUGAAGCCGGUUUUAAUGAACUCUAAGCUCCCAGUGGACGUGUUGGGCUGGAUAUGGGACAUGUCCGACAUUGAUAAAGAUGGAUACCUCGACAGAGAUGAGUUUGCUGUGGCCAUGCACCUAGUGUACCAGGCUAGAGAGGGACACGAACUGCCCACCAUCCUGCGACCAGGGCUGAUCCCCCCAUCCAAACGGAAAGGGGCGGGGCUAGCAUCAAGUGUCGCGCCAUCCAUGCCCGGGGCAGUGCCCGUCCUGCCUGGAGCUGUGCCCGUCCUGCCCGCCAUUGGUGGUGCGUCCGGUGCUGGGAGUGGCUUUGGCAGGUCCACCCCGACCCAGGGUGUGGUCGGUUCUCCCUUGCCUUGGGUAGUGACUGCAGCAGAAAAGGCCAAUUCCGACGCCAUCUUCAAAAAACUUGACACUGACAUGGAUGGGCUGGUCAGUGGUCUGGAAACAAGAGAUGUCAUGGCAAAAAGUGGGCUACCCACCAACAUCCUGGCCCACAUCUG